ACAUAAAAUAUAUAAAACAACUUUACAUAUUGCAAGACGGUGUGUAAAAACAUGUACAUCUAUCUAAUAGCUGCCCGUUCUGUAUCCACACUCAACCCGGAUGUGCUGCUACCGCUAAUUGGUGCUGGCUGUGGCGCAUUAAUGUUCCUCACAUUAACGGUACUCGUAUGCGUUUGCAGAAAACGGAAAAUGCGGGAAAACUCUGUGGCGAACAAAAGAAAUAAACGAAGGACACGAAAUGAAGAUCAGAUUUACAUUACUGCAGUCGGAGUUUUGGAACAUGAACCUCCUACAGCGUCUCAAGAUCAGAUGUACAUUACUGCAGUCGGAGUUUUGGAACAUGAACCCCUUACAGCGUCUCAAGGAAAUGGUCAAGUUGGACAAAGCGACACUAGCAGCGUUUCAAAUGCUGUUCAUAAGUUUUCAACAUUCAAAGUUCUUCAAGAUUCUUCAGAGGUCGAAACAGUUGCGGGGGAAGAGGAUAAACACUAUGCUGAGAUCAUUGACUUGUUGGUCGCACCAACAACAACACCAAACUCAUUGUAACGAUUUGUUCUCAGUAACUUCAAGUUUAUCAGUUAUACGUUACACUUUAAUCGUUAUACGGUGAUUUGUAAAAACUAGUCUGUCGGUUAUCAGAUACCAUACGUCCGUAAACCACUAGUUCAUCUAUUACAUUCAACCUCAAGUCUUUCAGUAAUAUCCAGCCAUAAGGCUAUCGAUUAUCUGCAACAACACGUUUAUCAGUAAUAUGUUGCAUAAAGAAUGUCGGUUACCAGUAACAAUAUGUCCAUCUGUUAUCUGUAACAAUAACUAUGUGUAAACACGUGUUUAGCGGCUAUCCGUUGCCACGAGUUUAUCCCUGUUCUGAUACUAUAAGUGUAUCGUUUAACCGUGACCGCACGUAUAUCGGUUAUGGGUAUACGCAAGCAAAUUUAUUCUUGAAUUGGACAUUUGUUAACUCAGUGCAUUUCUGCACGCAAUUUGACUUUGUAUAUAUUAUGUGUAGUAGGCAAUAUUACCAGAAAUAAAAACACCAUACAUAAUAAUUAAAUAAAUGUAUUCGACCAUUAACACUUGUGUUUUCCGAUAUGUGUAAGAGCUAUGCCUGGAACCAGUGAUAUAUGUAUGCGAAGAUUUGGACACAAUAAUUAUGUUGAACAUUAGAUGUGAAUAAACUUGAAUGGUAACAUUCGAUUGAAAAAUUGAAUCAGAAAAGCUCCGGUGUGAGUGCCAUUUUUGUAAACAACUUUACUGACAGGUAAUUACAUUUAGUUAAAACUGACUGUGUAAUUACAGUAACAGUAAUUAAUAUAAAUCAAUGUUAAUAUUGUUUUACAUUUAUUUAUGUAAUUGUGCACGAAACGCAUGUAAAUUUGAGUUUGUGCUUAUGUUUUUAUAAAGAAAUUUCUAUCAAAUACAUCUUAAAAUUAACCAUUUAAAUCGAGUUUAACUUCCAAUUUCUUUUAAUGAAACGGCCAUAUGAUAAUUUAUCAAUCUUUAUAAUCAUAAAGACGAGUUCAUAUGUUUUAAUGUUUGAAUGGACACACACGUAUGACUGUAAAAACACAAUACGUGUUAAUACCCUACUUGUUUAUAUAUUGACGAUGGCAACUUCAUUUAUUAAAAAAAUCACCAACAUCAUAUUUGUUAUGCUUGUAUUCCACCGAAUUAAAAAAAAAAGCAGUUGUUUUACACUAAAAAGAAUUGGUGACGGUUUCAUUACAACACAAUUGUUAAUUAAUGGUUGUAUUAAAUCAAAAUAAUAUCCGGAAAAGUUGUUUGUCUCCAAAAUAUUAGCUGAAACGUUUAUUUUUUUAACCAAAAUAUAUCAGUACUGGCUGUUUUUCCAAGAUAAAAUAAUUAACGGUUGUAUUUCAAUACAAUAAAUCCACAACUGCUUUAUAUUACCAAAAUGAUAUCAGUGACGGUUGUAUUACACACAAAUAAUGUUGUUACUAUAAAUAGAGAAUAACAGGUUACUGCAUGAUAGUAAUGUAAUAUAUCAGGCGAGGCUUAGAACUAAAAUUAAUGGCAAGGCUUGCCGAGCCGUUGUUUUAUUCCUGCCGAGCCUGAUAUAUUACACAAAGAUCAGGCAGUAACGUGUUUUCCUGUUUAUCAUACCUCUACGUCACACAAUGUACAAGCAAUUGUGAAAAAUAAUCACUGCGACGCUGCAUUUUGCGGUAAUGGAUAUGAUUUUUGGCGCUUGAUGUGUUAAUAAUGUCGCCAUGAGUACUUGCGCU